AUGAGUCAGCUAAUUUCGUUGUGUCGAGCCGUUCUCAAUGAACAUUUUGGCAGUGUCGUGGGACAGGUGGGUGAAGUACUAUUGAAAGAAAGCGCUCAAUUUGGAAUACUUGUGUUUCGGUUAAAAGACAAGGUUUCCCUUGCACAGAUACGGAAAGCGCUUGCCAUUCUUGAGCAACAUAACCUCGUCAGUUUCGAACUUGUCAACGCGCAACGAAUAGUUUACAAAGUCAACCCUUGGGAUGUUCUGAUGCUUUUAAAAAUUCCAAGAUGUGGUCUGAUCAUCAAAACACUCUAUCAGGAUGUUGCUGAGUCGAUUUACGAAGAAAUUAUCAAAGAAGGACGAAUGACACUGUCGGAUACGCUGCGCAAAAUGAAAGAACGGAAUCCAAGUUUGAGCUUCGAAGAGGCUCGCUCCAAAUUCGAGACACUUGCAAAGGCAGAAUUCAUCAUACGCGAGCCACCCAUUGAUUGUUACAUAAAGGGUUGUCCAAUUUUUGCACAAAAAUUUGAACAGUUUGAAGUGCCAGCAGUCACAGAGGCGAAAGUUUAUUUAUCAGAACCUCCAGCUAAUCGAAAACGCAAGGCAGAGAGCGGUGAUAGUGACGCUGGAAUCUAUUGGAAAAUCAAUUGGAUGCGGUUUGAGCGUUACAUCCGAGACGAGUUGAUACUCGAUCAAAUCGUUGGGUCAAAAACAAAUUCGCCUAGAGAUCAACUGUUCAGAGGCACCAUUACCGCUCUUUUGAAAGCUUGCGAAACGCGUGCAACAACAAUAUUCGCACUGGAAACGGUUCCUGUUUCGCUCUAUGAUAUCAUCAAAACGGCCAAUGAUGAGAAAAUUGCAACCAUUGAAAAGGGAAAUGCUGCUUUUGUGCUCUCGACAAUUAUUGACGAGUCAAACGGUGUUCUCCGCAAAAUUGGCGAAUCUGGAGGAGGAUUGUAUGUUAUUGACUAUGGUCGUGGAAUGCAACUUUUGGCACAAUCGCACAUUGAAUCGCUGAUCCGUGAGCAAUUGGAUACAAAAGCCGUUCGCAUUUUCCGACUUCUACAGCGCACAGGAUAUCUCGAGGAGGAACAAAUAGAGAAGUUGAUCAUGCUGAACCCGAAAGAGACCCGGGAACUGUUGUAUGCAAUGAAUGAAGAGAAUUACGUUUUUGUGCAGCCACUUGGUAAAACUUCUGAUUUUGCACCAGCAAGGACGUUCUAUCUUUAUCGUACAGACUUCAAUCGAACUGUCAGAUUGGUCGAGGAAAGCACAUGCAAAUUUUUGUUAAAUCUAAUGUUGCGCCGAGAGCAUGAAGAAAAGGAACAUCGAGCCCUGUUGGAUCGAAACGAGAAAAUGGAAGCAAUCAUUGCAGAAAAUGUUGACAAUAAUGAGGAAUUGGAUGAAGCCGCUCGUUCACAACAGAGAGCCGAAAUCGAGCAAAUUUACAUGAACGAUGCGGAUCGGACUUUGCUCGGACGACACAAAAAUGCGAAGAAAAAGCUAAUGGGCAGCGAAAUCGAGAUCGAACGAGUACUCUACCUUCUGCACACUCAUUUGGUCUUUGCAGAGAGGGCGAUUCCGAUGAAGAAACGCGGACGCACGCGGAAACCACUUAUUAUUGCC